AGGUCAGACACAGCAGAUCAUGCUCUAAAAAUAUAAUUUACCGUCAGUAACUGAGCAACUCUCCUGCUCCCAGGUUUUCACAAAGCUCUUCCUAAUGAAUGAGGUAACAGCAAGUGAAUGAGGUAACACAAUCAAAACAGGGAAGAAGAAAAAAUAUUUAGUUGAAAAUGACUUCUAAAGGUCCAAAGACUCAAAAGAAGAAAAAUGCAUAUGCUUCAGUGAAGAUAGAUCCAGAGGACAAAUAUAUAACACCUGGAGCCUUCGAGUUGGAGCGUCUUUUCUGGCAUACUCCUGUAAAAUUCACACACGUCAACGAGGUGUGGCCAAACCUUUACAUAGGCGAUGAGAAGACCGCAUUAGAUCGAUACAAUCUGGAAAAGAUGGGCAUGACACAUAUUCUUAAUGCAGCUGAUGGCAAAUGGAAUGUUGGCACAGGUCCCGAAUAUUAUAGCGACAUGACUAUUGAGUAUUACGGAGUUGAAGCAGAAGAUCUUCCCCGAUUUGAUCUCAGCCAGUUUUUUUAUCCUGCUACCCAAUUCAUUGACAGUGCACUCAGUAAUCCAAAAAAUAAGCUUCUGGUACAUUGUGCAAUGGGAAGAAGCAGAUCCGCCACACUGGUUCUAGCCUACUUAAUGAUUUAUAAAAACAUGACAGUUGUGGAUGCGAUUAAUGAAGUGAUUAAGCACAGGUGCAUUUUACCCAACCGUGGCUUCUUAAAACAGCUAAGACAACUUGACAUAAAUCUGCUAACAGAGAGAACGAAUGCAAAGAAUGGUGUCAAUUCAAAUGGUGAACAAAAUGGAGAAAAGAUACAGCAGAUUUAACAGAUUACAAUCAUGGAAGAGACUGAACAGGAUAGGAAGGAAUUGCUUCACUGCAAUCAUGCUCAUGUUUCAGUUUGUCUCAAAAUAAUUGUUCUGUUAUUUUCUGUCUCUGCUAAAAAUUGCUUUUCAUUUUUGCCUGUCCACUGCAUAAAGUUGUAGCAGCCAUAAUGGUUUCCACAUAGAUAUGUAGUUGGUUGGAAGCUUUUGCUUGUUCUUUGGGAAUUAAGUUUUUAAUUUAAUUGAAAAUACUGUUUUGUAAAAAAAAAAAAAACAACACACACCUGUCUUUUUAAAAAUUACAUAGCUCUAAUUCUCCCUAUGAACCUUGGCAUAUCAAGUAGUUUUAGCAAAAACAUAUUUUACCUUAAGAAAUUCAACAAUCCAUUCCUUAUAUUACAGCAAGUUUUUUUUUUUUUUUUUCAACCUUUAUUGGCAAGAGAGGGAUGCUGACCAUAUCAUUUUCAUGCUCUUAUCUAAAAUUACUCUGUUCAGUGAUUCAGCCCUGGUGAUGAAAUUCAUUCUUUUAAAUUAUAAACAGUAAUAAGUCCCUCAACAUGCUAUAUCUGCUUUUGUGAUCAGCAUACCGAUAACCACUGUAGACAUGUUAAAUUAACUUUUCAUAUAUUCCAUAGUGUGUUCAGCUAUCAACAUGCAUUUAGUUCCAAUUGCUAAAAUGCAAGUACUUAUGUUGUGUUGAUUGUGUAUAUACAGUAUUGUAUUAACAUUUUGUGAAUGACCUUAAGUAAAGUUAACUUGUCUAUUUGGUCCAUAAAGUUAUUUUUAUAUGCUUUAAAAACAAAUAAGACUGGUAUUACACAAAAUAUUUCUUAAAUCCAUCCACAAUAACAUGUCAAAUGUUUUAGGUUUUCCUUUCAAUGAUAUGGAUUUUUGUUUUGUUUUACAAUUACUUUUUUUAAAAGAAAUCCAGUUAUUUUUAGAGGAAUAUAACAAUAUUUUCAUCUGUACUUCUAGAAAUUACAUGGAACAAAGAUUUGUAUUUCAUAAACAUAAAAAAGUAAACCAGUACUAAUCACAGAAGUCCAAGAAUGGCUCAUCAUAAUUUAUUUUAUGUUAAAAAUGUACAGCUUUUUUUGUGUAUUUUUUGUGUAUUGUUUUAAGAGACUGACUAAAAAGAUAACCGAUAAAUACAGGA